GGCGGGGCUCCACAUCCGGGAACUACCGCUGACCCCCGACUUGACCCUGUAGGAUUGCGAACAUGGCGGAGCCCUCCCUCGGGAAUUCGAGCCCAGGAGGUUCAGCAGGUUCCGAUGACCAUGAUUUUGACCCAUCAGCUGAAAUGCUUGUCCAUGACUUUGAUGAUGAGCGCACCCUGGAGGAGGAGGAAAUGUUGGAGGCAUCAGAUGAGACCAAUGCCAAUGAGAUUGAAGAUCUUACACGGGAGGGAGAGAUGCCUAUUGAUGAGCUGCUGAGUCUGUAUGGUUAUGGGGGCGGCAGAUCACCAGCAGAUGAGGAUGAGGAGGAAGAGGAAGAACCAGAAGAAGAGGAGGAUGAUGAGGAAGAGGAUGAGGAACUUGACAAUGAUGAAAGCAGCAGAAGCACGGGCGAGCUGAAAAGAAAUGAGAGUGAGGAUGUGAAGAACUCAUUGGAACAGGCAGGUGAGACCCAGGCAGCCUCAGAGGGUCGCACGCGCUCAGUCAGGUCACUCGGCACAGCAGAACUUAUUCGCCCUCAGAAACUCAAGUACUUUGAAAGUAAUAAUGAUGCAGAGGAGGAGUCAGAUGAGGAUGAAGAUUAUGUUCCGUCUGAAGACUGGAAAAAGGAAAUUAUGGUGGGUUCCAUGUAUCAGGCAGAAACUCCUGUGGGUCUGUGCAAAUACAAAGACAAUGAGAAAGUUUACGAAAACGAUGACCAGCUGUUGUGGAACCCCGAGUGUCUUCCUGAAGGCAAAGUUGUGGAGUUCUUGACAGAGGCUUCCAGGCGGACGGGAGAGGAGAAAGGAGUGGAUGCAAUCCCAGAGGGAUCCCAUAUCAAAGAUAAUGAACAGGCAUUGUAUGAACUGGUGAAAUGUGACUUUGACACAGAGGAAGCUUUAAGAAGACUUAGAUUUAAUGUAAAAGCAGCCAGAGAGGAGCUCUCUGUCUGGACUGAAGAAGAAUGUAGAAAUUUUGAACAAGGACUGAAAGCUUAUGGGAAAGACUUUCAUUUAAUACAGGCCAACAAGGUGAGAACUAGGUCUGUAGGAGAAUGUGUGGCCUUUUAUUACAUGUGGAAGAAGUCUGAGCGUUAUGAUUUCUUUGCACAGCAAACCAGACUUGGGAAAAGGAAAUACAACCUUCACCCCGGUGUCACAGACUAUAUGGACAGAUUACUAGAUGAGACGGAGAGUGCGACAUCCAGCAGGGCAGCGUCGCCUCCUCCCACCACCUCCAACAGCAGCGCCAGCCACUCGGAGAGAGAAGACAGCAGUAGUCAGAAUGGUGAGCUGAUAAAUACACAUUGUGUUGCAAGCCACACGGUGGAUGGUGCUCAGUUGCCGCCAGCAAACCAAGUCAAAUCUGAGGGCGUUCAGUCCAACGGUCCGUCCCAUCCCCUGGAAGCUCCGCCUCCAGCUUCAGACAACAACUCCAACGGCUGCAGCCAGCCCACUGCACCCACCCUCGACAGAAAUGGCUCCAUGGAGCCUCUGCUAGACCACAGGGACACAGCACCCGACAGGCCGGCCAAAAGGUGCAGGACGGAGGCAGAGCCCGUGUGCCAAAGCGAAGUGGAACCAUCCAGAACGCAGGAGAAUUGAUGGCUUCACAGCUGAGCAGCGUUGACUAACAGACACUGACUUGGGGGUGAAAAAUGUUUGUACUUCUCCAGUGAUGGGUAGAUUUAGGGGGGCAGAGGAUGAGGAAAAUGAACCCUACUGACCCAUGAGCAUAGCAUCUCCUGACAGAGAGAGACAGACUGGCUUUGAGGUCAAAGGUCACUGAACAUCACAUCUUGAAGAACAGCCAACCGAGGUCCUCCAGGAGGGGCGGCAGUUACCCCCACCCCGACGUCCUUCCAUCCCAUCAACCCCCCCAAGCUCAUCCCAAAGUAUCAUAGCUAGAUAACGUCCAUCAAAACAUCCCCAGCCUCCCUUUUUGGAGCCUGACAAAAUUUUGCCAAGAAUUCCCUUUUUCUAUUUGUUCUUAAAGAUAAUAAAUCACCUGCGAUAUUUUUUUACACAAGAUAUUUAUAUUUUUUAACAAAAGUAAAAUAAAUCCUAGUCUAAUGAUGGGUGAUUGCCAUUGAAGCCAUUUGCUUGCUGUUAUAAGGAUUUGAUGAAACAGGACAUGUCUAAGUGAUUACGUGCUUAUGCUGUCAUAAAGAUGCUUAGUAAAAACAAGAGGAAUAGGCUGGUGCUGUAGCUAGUUCUCACUUUAGUUGCACUUUGAUUGUACGUUUCUCGUCUCUAUCAAUGAGAUGUGGCGUCAGAACCCAGCAGAAGUCCAUGUUCACUCCUUCACUUCUUUCUCUAUAGUGGCUGUUUGUUUCAGAUAAAUAAACCAGAGGGUGACUCCCCCUGCAGGUUUGUUUGUGUAAAGCAGCUGACAUCAGUGAUGUCCUGUAUUAUAAGUCACCAUGUAGAAGAUCUCUGUAUUUUUGGAUUUUCAUAGUCAGUGCAUUGCUCAACACUUUGUUUUUACUAGUCAGAAUGUGAUUUUUCAUGUAAAGUUUGUAUAGAUUUCUUACCUCGAGCGGUUUUAUAACUGACUGUCUGUCUGUAUUUUCUGGUCUUCCUUGUAGGCUGUGCUUUUUGUUGGAAAACUGUUCCUGCUUUUGUUUCUCCAAGACGGUUGUAAUAAUAAAAAAAAACAAAGUAGCCAUUCCUCUUUCCCUCUGUUUGGCAGUGCUUCCCUUUCCUGCGUGACCCCGACUCAGAGAGUUCGUUGCAGAAAAAGCCCCUUCUUGUGUGCAGCUUUGAAUAUGCAGAGAUUCUUUUUAAAACCAGAACUUAGUUUCUGUCAUUCCUCAGUAAUUGGCUUCCACACAGCAGAUUUCCAGGAGUUAAAGUGACCUGGCUGAUGUGAAGGUGUCACCUGAAAGAACCUAAUGUUUUGGUACAGUAGCUGUUCAGCGUAACAAUUAAAUGUUUUAUUUUAUAUUCAGAAGAUAAGAGGAGUUUGUCUCAAAUAAUGUUAAUGUUUUUUUUGUUUUGUUUUGACAAUAUUGUCUUUUAUUUCUAUGUAAAUGAUGGCGUGAAUAAAAAUAAAGUGUAUUCCAAGGCUG